UUAUAAAUUUCAUGUUAAAUCAAGGACAAAGUGGUACAGAAUAAAAAAAAACGAAUAUAAAAUUUUUUCAGACAGGUUCGUUAUCUUUACUUGCUGGUAUGCAGAUGACAGAACGUUUUAAUCAAGUUCUAUUUUUAUAACAGUGUUUAUACAUUGUAUAGAAUGAUCAUUUAACAUUAUAAGGUGGGUGUAGGUGUAUCAAAUGCAUAUGAACCAAAGAAACAAUCAUUUUAUUGCUGAAUAAAGUUGCUAUUUUAUUAUUCUGUGUGUGAUAAAGAGUCUCAUGUUGGUGGCUGUUAAACCAGGGUUUAUUUACAUCCUGUGGACUGUUGUGUAUUAAUAGUCAGUGCACUUAAAAUACUAGUUAAUAGGGGACCUAUUUUUGGAUCAUCAGGAAUUUGUAGACCAAUUUUUAGAUGAUUCUCGGAACUCUCCUAACGAUCUUCCUUUGUUUUCUGCCAACGUGGAGCCGACUGCCCGAUGAGCUGCGAGAAGAUGACAGCAAGUGUUACCAACAGCAACAGUGCUUUCACAAAUCCGAAGAUGAAUGCCCGAGUCCAAGCGAUCCUUGCAGAUGUCAUCAGAUGACCGAUUGCAAGAAUGAGGUGGUCUGUUGUGAUAUUAACGAUCAAAAUUUAAAAGAUCAACUGAGAUGCGGAAAUUUGAUUCAAAACGAAAUAGAAGCCCUGCACAUAAGAAACGCAACACUAGAGGUCCUAAAUCUCAACUUAGCCGAAUGGAAGAACCUAAGGUCCAUGGCCAUCACCGAUGGUCGUAUAAAGAACGUAAGCGAAGCCUUUCCCAAAAUGACGAUGGUCUCGUGUCUAAAUUUAUCCUCGAAUGGCAUAAGGGAGUUCCAGAAGAGAUCCUUGUUCAACCUCUUCAGUCUGAGCUUCCUAGAUUUGUCCCACAAUAACUUGACCGAGGUGCCUAACUUUAAGAUGGACGGAGCUGUAACACUGGAUAUUUUGGGAAAUCCUUCUAUACAAUGCACAAGUGUUAGAGAGACUUUUAACAAAUCGAAGAUAUUGUUUAAGAACGAAAACUCAACGUAUUGCUCACUUGCCAAGAAAGACUUUGGAUGGUUCGAUUCCAAAGAUAAAGUAGCCGUAUCGGAGCUGCGAAGAGCUCACGAGUUGGAGCACAAUUGCAUCAAAAACUGUACCUGCAAGCCUCAUUCUUUGACUCUUGGCAUGGCACAACCAAGGGUCUAUACCGUAGCCGUCGACUGCCCAAGCAGUAACUUGCAUUCUUUGCCGAAGCCCUUACCACCGUAUACCAUCGCCUUAGAUGUUUCUAAUAAUAGUAUAUCAUCAUUGAAAGAAUUGCACGAUCCCUCUUAUAAAUCGUUGCGAAUAUUAAAGGCCGAUAAUAAUGAAAUCACAUCGAUAGAACCUUUGGAAGGUACAAAGUUCAAAAUUAAUUUCGAACUCUUCAGUUUGCGAAACAACAAAAUCAAAAACAUCGAUCCUUACUUAUUGGAGUUCUAUAGAUCGUCUAUAAGUGUACGAGAAGUUUAUCUUGGAUUGAACGAGUUAACUUGUGAUUGCACUACUAUAACGGAUUUCAAGAUGUGGCUGCAGACCAAAAAGGACUUCAUCAAAGACUACCGCGAGAUUAAAUGCGAAGGUACCGACAUCAGCGUCAUCGCCAUGGACCCGUCCAAGUACUGCAGAAGCCACGAAGACUGGACGGACUACAUCUACUGGAUCAUUGCCGCAGAAGUGUUCUUACUCAUCAGCCUUAUAACCAAAGUGUCUUACGAUUACUGGGUGUUCAAGACGGCCGGAUACCUGCCUUGGCCCGCGAGCAAGAUGCCCAAGCUGCCUUGCGACUGGCUGUGCGAGUGAAUAACUCUUCCGGGACUCUAUUUUUGAAGGUUGUGAGUUGUGAUAUUUAUAUGAUGAUGUGAGAGAAGUACAAAGGUGUGUGUUUUCUGCCUGGUAUAUACCGUCAUUUUGCUGAGAAUUCAGCCAGUAACGAUAUAUGGUUUUUUACUACAAAAAUACGGUUACGUUAUUCAAUAUUUCUGACCACAGAACCACACAGUGUUGCCAAAACAUUAGAAUAGGGCAUUACAACAUGCUGUCAAAAUUAAAUCAAUAUGGCGGCUGGGAGGCAAAUAUAAAUGAUAUUCUGUUAGUUCUUAAUGUGUUUUACACAAUUUUAGAUCAUUUUAGUUACGUUUAUUUUUUAAUUUUGUUUUGUACAAGGAUUAAUUUAAAAUUUCACUGGAAGAAUUAAUUUAAAAAGAUAAUAUGCCUCAUUUUUGUUGUGUAUUGAAGUGUAGAAUGCGAAGUUAUUUAUAUGAUGAUGUGAGAGAAGUACAAACGUGUAGGUUUUCUGCCUGGUAUACCGUCAUUUUGAAGCGUUUUACAUGUCUGCUCAUAUGGGAACAAGGAAAAACUAUCUAUAGAGAUACUGGGGGGUAAGAAUGGGGCUAAAGAAGAAGAAGCAGACACAUAAAGCCUCGUUGCGGGACGGCAGCUCAUUUGUUGUGCGGGAGCUAGGUCGUAGAUUCGUUAGGGAGGGUGAAGGGGUGUUAAGAUGACUAAACUACCAUAACAAAUACAAAGGGUACUUACUCUGACUAGAGGAUCUUUCUACUAUUUAAAAAAAGGACGCCGUUCGAAACAAAUCCUCUGGUUCAUAUACGAGUACUUACUGGACAUUUCUCUCACUUACGGGUACCAAUGGGGGGACAUUCCUCUCAGAUUCCUCGUUGGGGUUAUACUGGGCAGCAUCUGUUGGCUUCUAUGCCAUUUCUUUCUUUAUUCUAAAACUUACACACAGUUGCAUUAGAAUUUAGUUAAAAUUUUUCCAAAAAAAAGGUUACAAAAAUAAAAUGGUAGAUACACUUACAAAACGUUUAUUCAAAACUUUAAACUCUUACCAGGUUUAUUCAAAAUUUUACUACAAAAACAAUGAUUACAAUGAUUACAAACAAAACAAUUACAAUUGAACUUGUUGGGCAGUAUAUGUCAAAUAAAAUUUGACCUAUUUAUUUCAACACAAGAUUUGACGUAGCUGUCAAAUGUCAUAAGUCACUGCCUUUUUUUACCAUUAUGAAAGCAAAUUUCUUUAUACAAUUAUUUACCAGCAAUUUAUCCACUUGAAAUUUAGUAAAAUUAAAAAAAACGUAUCAUACCUUAAAAACAAAAAAAACUCUUCGUCACAGUCACAAACUACAGGGGAGGGGUUCAUCAACAAACAGGGUCAUCGAACUGAGGCAGGGGGCAGGGGGAGGACAUGGCUUCUUUCUUCAAUUUCAGGGCAAUCACUGGAGGGUGGGGUGUGGGGUAGACAUUCCAUACACAAAUCACAAAGGGGGCUCUUCUGGGAAAUUGAAACUUUUCAGGGCAAUCAACUGGAACUUGCAUAGGGACAGGAACAAACAAAGACUUCUACACAAUGCCGGCUUAUAGAACUGCGUCACAACUCAACCAGAGUAUGAGAGCACAAAAUUCUACCAUACAAAUCCACUAUGGGGCAGAAAAAUCAUCGUGCACUCACACUAGAUCUUCUUAACUUCUAAAACGACCAUUCUAUGUUUAUUACCGGCGAGGAACAAAAGGGGCUACGCCCUUUUUCAAGUGAGUACCAGCCGAGGAGAAGACGCUAUCACCUCGGGACGUAAAGCUGGACUAAUUUGCGCUUCGCUCUGAAGCUACUACAGGGGAAAAAUACGACGGAAGUACCGAGCGAUUUUGAUCCUUAGGGAUGCUUAGUUGACAAGAACUCAACUUUCAGUUCAAGAUUUCUUCUAGAAAGUUCAUCUACGCAUCUCACUUCUUACAAAUUGUAACAAAUUGAAAUGUUAUGCAAUACUUCAUGGCUGUGUACAGGGACGGCUUGGGAUCUUAUAAUGAUAUUGAACUUCACAAAAUAAAUUUAAAAAAAUGGACAUUCUUUUUGGGAAUUGGGAUAUUAAAUUAAUGUUGGAGUUUUUUCAAACGUUACAAUUUUGCCGAGAAUUCAACCAGAAACCAUAUAUGGUUUUUACUACAAAAAUACGAUUACGUUAUUCAAGAUUUCUCACCACAGAACCACACAGUGUUGCCAAAACAUUAGAAUAGGGCAUUACAACAUGCUGUCAAAAUUAAAUCAAUAUGGCGGCUGGGAGGCAAAUAUAAAUGUUUUUCUAUCAGUUCUUAAUGGUUUUAGAUCAUUUUAUUUACGUUUCUUUUUCAAUUUUGUUUUGUACAAGGAUUAAUUUAAAAUUUCGCUGGAAGAAUUUAUUUUUUUAUUUUUUUUAUUUAUAUUAACGUGCAUGUGACAUCUAUGGUCAUUAGCACGAGCAUAGCCACCUUUACUUUACAAGCCAUGAAGAGAAAAAGGCAACGUCGCAAUUGAUGACGUUGGUAGUCUGACUUUCGGACUAAAGCUUUCGAAACUACGAUUUUAAAGUACGAAUUCUGGUAAAAUUUAUAGUAUUUUUUGAGUCGAACAAGAAAAUAUUGUUAAUUAGAAGUUUGUACAAAAUAAUAUUAAAAGUAAUUCCUUGUAAGUAACGUUUAUUAUACAAAAAAAAACCAAUAACAAGAAUAUAAACGGGAUUUAUUUUUUUCGAAUCCUAAGAAAACUAAUUAAUAAUUUUUAAAAAUUUAAACGCAGAGUGAAAGAUUACGUUAGGACCGAGGGCCCAAAGUCCCUGAAAACUUCUAUGUUUAUUUUAAUAAGUUACAGGGGUGAAAAACUAAGAAAAUUUAGUGUGAUUUUUAGUUUCAAAUAUGUCAUUAAAAAAACUUUUUAUUCAUUCUAAGGGACUUUCGGCCCUCGGUAAUAAAGUAAUCUUUUAUUCUGCGUUUAAAUUUUUCAAAAAUACUUAUUAGUUUUCUCAGAAUUCGAAAAAAAUGAUUACAUUUAAAAUAGAGGCGUCAAAAUUUUUCAUUUUGUUCCUUUCCCCUUAAAGUUUGUCGCACUUAUUUCGAAACACCCUGAAUUGAUAAAGAAUAAAUCUAGUUGUUACACAUAAGCGAAUUAAUAAAAAAAACAGAAUGUUAAGAAAACCGGAGUCUAUAGUUGGGUUUUAAUUUCAGUAUUUUAUAAAUGCCCUGUACACCAUAAAAAAUUGACUGGUUAGCAACAAUAUUAUUACAGCGGUAUUGUUAAAGAAUUAGGCUAUAACAUAUUAAAAAAAUCACUUAAAUCUGCCAACAGGUUUAGAAAAUAUAAGACAUUAAAAAUGACAAAAAUUUUAAGUGGACGGAUUUCUAUAUGCACGCAAGUUUAUAUAAAAAUAUAUUAUAUUGAACUAAAAUCAUCUUAAUAACAUACCUUUUAAUGUUCUUUAUAAUUUGGAGCACGAAAUAUUGUAAAAUAUUUCAGUUUCUCUGUAAAUACAGUGAAAAUUAUUUAAAAACAAAUGAGAACUGUCAGAACUAAUCGGUCUACCAAUAGAUGUUGCCAAGUUUCAACUUCAUGGCUUGUUAAGUAAAGGUGGCUAUGGCACGAGUUACAGUUUACAUGGUAAUAUUAUAAAUUACAAAUAGUAUAGUUAACAUUAUUUAACAUAAGUAAAAGAAAAAUCGGUUAACAAUUAUAUUUUGUUUAACAGUUGAUUCUUCUCGAGGAAUUUGAUAACCUUGUUGAUUUGGUCUGUGCUGUUGAGGACCUCUUUGAAGUUAGGACUGAUACCAAGCUGUUGGCGUUCUUUGGCAUAAAAAGGACAGUCAAUAAGUAUGUGUCUGAUUCGGAGAGUAGUAUUGCAGUGUUGACAUUUUGGUAGUGGAGAUGAUGUCAUCAAAUAGCCAUGUGUUAGACGGGUAUGUCCUAUACGCAGUCUCCGUAUGAUUGCCAUAUUUUUCCGAGAUAAACUAGAGCAGGUAAAUAGGUUCACUGAGGGCUUAAUUUCAUGCAGCGCUGAAGUAGUUUUAUUCCAGUGAAUUUUCCAGGUGGAUAGAUUGAGCUUCUUCAGUCUGGCUUUUAGAUCAUUGCAGAUUUGUAUAUUCAGCAUGGUAUCCAUCGAUGAUGCAGCUUUUUUGGCAAGGCAAUCGGUUUUUUCGUUACCACUAAUCCCAACAUGGGAUGGUACCCAUAAUAAAGUGACUUUUGUAUUUUGAUUUAUAAGAAGCUGAUAAAUGUCAUGAAUAUCUUGGACAACAGGAUGGUUGGUGAUUAUAGUAUUGAUGGAGUGUAUAGAGGAAAGUGAAUCAGUACAUAUGGUAAUGUGUGUGUUUGGAUAUUUUUGAGCAUGUUUGAAAGCACACAAGAUAGCUAGCAGUUCGCCAGUGUGAAUACUACACCAAGGAGAAAUUUUACAGAGUUCGAUAGGCUGUUGAAGAGGAGUUAGAGAAUAUCCAACUCCUCUUUCAGAUUUUGACGCGUCACUGUAAAGAACUAUGUUAUGUUUAUUUUUGUUUAUAAGUUCUAGGAAGAGAUUUCGUAAUAUGUUAACACUGGCAUCUUCCUUGUUAAAUUUGGUGAGGGACAUAUCAUGAUGAGGGAGUAGGUUGGUCCAGUAGGGAUUAUUGGAGAAUGGUAGAGUUCUGGUUUCAGACAAAUUUAUAUCUUUUAAUAACGGCUGUAGAAGAUGAAAGAAUUAAUUUAAAAAGAUAAUAUGCCUCAUUUCUGUUGUGUAUUGAAGUGUGGAAUGUGAGGUAAACGUGAUAAAGUUUAGUUUUUUCGGUUACCAUCAGUGCUACAUUUUAAACUGAACUAAAGAACAGAAGAAGACAAAAACAAUGGUUAAAUGCUAUAAAAUGUCCUAUAAAAUGCUAAAUAACUAUGUCCAUGUUACUUACACUUGGAAAACUGUCUCCACUGUAGGUUAACUCAGACUCCUUGAGGGAAAAUGAAUCUAUAUUAUUUAUUUUGUCAAUAUUUGGCUAGUCAACAACUUUCGAAAAUAUUCACUCAUGUUUAUUUAUUCACUGCUUAAAACUAAAUAAAGUCGUUCAAUUACUUCUAAAACUAAAAACUACACAAAAUCAACAACAAAAUGUUCGGAAAACACGACUAACAAAAUAUUAAAGGAAAAUACAACUAAAAAUCUUAAGAAACACAAUGUGGUACAAAUAUAAAUAAAUACAAUGCCUCCCAGCAGUGUCAUAAACAGCAAAGUUUUGGAAUGCCCUAUUAUAAUAGUAAAUGAAUGUCAAGUUGACAUUUGGAACGUCAGACGUACGUCAGGUGUUCUGACGUCAGAAAUUAUGAAUGACUUAAGCUUAUUUUUGUAGCAAAAAAACUAUAUCUGACAACACUAAGGCUCUGUGGUAAUAUGAUUGCAUUUUGGACAUUGGUAUAAUAUGAUAUAAUAUAGGAAUGAUCUUUCCUACUAAAUAGGUAACAUUUUGAUGUCUGUAAUUGUCUUCAACACUGUAAAAUUCCUCCGCUUGUUCUACACCAGUAAAUGAAUCUUAAAACCUGAAUAUAAAAAAAUCAGCACAAUAACUUGUUUCAGCAGUUUUUUCCUUAUUUAAUUACAAAAUUUACAAUCUGACAGCGUUGUCAGGUUGUACGAUAUAUAAGUUCUUGCUAAAAAUACACGAAAAUGACAGUCAUGUGCACUUAGUGUGCCUAUAAGUCUAUUAUAUAUAUUGAAAUAUACUCAUUUCUUCUAAAAUAUCAGUACCAUGUGACUUUCAAGUCUGUACAACGUUGCCUUAUCGUCGGAAAAGUAAUGAAGUAUAAGGAAUUUUGAAAUUUAUGAAAAGUUAAACGCAUAUAUGAUGCAACGCAUAAAAAUAAGAACAAUAACUUGUUUUAUGAGAUAUUUACAUACCUGCUCACAUAAUUUACACUGUGACAGUGUUGCCAGACUGUAUAAUGUAUCAGCUCUCGGUAAAGGUACACAGCAUGUCAAGCAAGAACGUCGUGCUGUAUAGGUACUUCUUAAGGCCUUAUAGUCGAAAAUUAUUAAGGACCUAGGAAUGUUAUAACAAACAAAAAUUAGCACCACAACGUCUCUAUGCAAUUUUUACCUUCUUGUACACAAUAUUUAUAAAGCGACAGUGUUGCCAAGAUGUAUACUGUGUUAGUUCUUGCUAAAUGUACACAAAUAUACCAGGCAGUCAGGUUUAAGUGUUCUAAGUGUGCCUAUAAGUAUAUUGAAUAUUACAACGGUGAUAAUAUAUGUUUAUUUCUAUAUACAAACCUACAAUAUUCGUCGCACGGUCAUUUUCAAGGCCCUAUACAGUGUUGCCUUUUGUCGAAAAACAAUGUAAUCUAGGGAAUUUUGACAAUUAUGGCAAGAAAGUAGACUACACAACUGAUCGUGAACCCUACAGUGUUGCCUUUUUGUCGAAAAACAAUACAAUCUAGGGAAUUUUGACAAUUAUGGCAAGAAUGUGGACUGCACAACUGAACGUGAGACGGAAGUUGUGGGAGAAAAGAAUAGAAGCUUUUAAUAUACUUUUUAUAUUAAGCAAUGAUUUUAAUAGCUAUAUUAGCGAUUAUAGUUUUUAAUUGACGGUAUUGUGGUAUGAGUUUUGAAGUUUUGAGGGAGUGUUGCAUCAUAUAAGACGAGAAUCCUCGUAGAUAAUUUAUGUGUUAGUUUCGGGGGUCACUAAAUAUUCAAAAUGUUUAAAUAAUCCAGAAGAUCUGAGGUUUUAUCUCCAAUAUCGACAAAUAAACUGCUCGUCAAAAGUUAGGGAUAUAGAAAAUUCUGCUGAAUUUUUAUCGUAGAUUUUUUCGUGAACAGAUUAACGGAUUCUGCUAUUUUUUUUUCAUUAUUUUAGAUUUUUCUUUAGUAUUUACACAGUUGUGCAAAGGUUUACAAAACUUCUUUUUUGUACUUAUACCAGGUGGAAGAAAAGAAAUGUUUUUCUUAUGUUAAAUUUGAGAUACCUUGUAGGGAGGACGAGCUACAAAUGUGAGUAUACAUCGGAAUCGUAUUGUAGUCUUAUGUUUUGUGAACAUUUUGUUUUUUUUAGUGUCCCUGAUACUCAAUUAAGAAAUAAAGAAAAUAGGUGGUUUUACUCUUUACCAUGUGUUUUAACGGAAACAAAACUAAAUUAAAUAAUAAAAAAAAACAGUUAACAAAACUUUAAAAACAGAAAGGCACAUAAGGUAAACAGUUCUUAUCGACACCUAUAAGAGUUUUUGUCGACCAGGUAAGCGGUAUGCAGAGCGCAACAUAAGAGAGACGAGAUUGUUUAAUGGAGGCUCUGUGAUGUUUUGGGUUGGAAUUUCCUUGAGAAUAAAUACGGAUUUGUUGUCUACAGGAGACUCUUUAAAUAGCGGGAGGUACAUAACACAGAUUUUUUCUUUGAACACUCUGUUCCUUUCGCACUGUAUGUAGGAAAUAAUUUCAUCUUAGUGGUAUAAGACAUGACCUCCUCACGUAUCGCAUGUCGUCAGUUAAAACAGAUAUUAAAGAGUACAACCGUCUAGUUUCUUUGUUAUUAAAGAUAUCAGAGAAAUUAAACAAAUAAAAUUUUCACAAAAUAUCAGACUAGAAGAUAACAUCGAUGCAUACCCACCUUUGCGCAUUUUCCUCCCUACAAGGUGUCUCAAACUUUUGUUUCGGUUAAAACGCAUGUUAAACUUCAAAACCGUCUAUUUUCUUUGUUUCUAAAGAUAUCAGGGACAUUCAAAAAACAAAAUGUUCACAAAACAUAAGACUACAAUACGAUUCCGAUGUAUACCAACAUUUGUACCUCGUUCUCCAUACAGGGUGCCUCAAACUUAACAUAAGAAAAACAUUUCUUUUCUUCCACCCGGUAUAAGUACAAAAAAAAAGUUUGAGUAAACCUUUUGUACAACUGUGUAAAUAGGUACUAAAGAAAAAUCUAAAAUAUCAAAAAAAAUUAGCGGAAUCCGUUAAUCUGUUCACAAAAAAAUCAACUAUGAAAAUGAGCUCAAUUUUCUAUAUCCCUAACUUUUGACGAGCAGUUUAAAAGCCAAAUUAAGUAAAUAGAAGUAUUAUUGAUAAUAAUUUAGCAAUCAUUUCAUUAUAGUUUAUAGUCAGCUACUAAACAGUGGUAGUGCAAUGAGGAAAACCAUUUUUUUUUCUUAUAUUUUGCAACACAAUAGAUACAGCGAAUGUCAAUUAAGAUGAUGUUGUAGUCAGUUAUGCGUACAAAGUAUUUUUUCAACCGGUCAAACGAUCGCAAGCUCAGAAUUCGUCCAGUGGCGUAUCUGCUAAGUAUUAAGGGGGGUAUGGUUUGAAAUGAACAUUUUAAGCACAUUUUUGUGAAUUUUUUUUCAAACUAUGGUAGAAUUAUUUUAUUUUUAAAUUUAAUAGACAUAUUAAGUACAAUUCAAAGAAUAUUAAAAAAAAUUCAAGGCAAAAAAUUAGAUUAUUUAGAGAUUUUUUAAAAAUUACCCAACGGUGUAAAAUUUUUACAGACACCUAAAAAAAAAUUGAUUUUUCGGUGGACAUCAGAACUCAUCACUGGAUAAUGUGAAACAAAAAAUUCGAAAAGAUUUUAUUAGCUCUUGAGGUUUUCGAGGUAGCGCUGUGGAGUUUUUUAUUUUCAACCAUUUUUGAGUUUUUGGUAUCACUCAGAAGUCAAAAACCGGAAUUUUUUGUAAAAACAUAUUUAUUAUUUUUAAAGAAAAAAUAAGUAUAUAUAAAAAAUAAUCUCAACGGCAUUACCUCACGAAAUGUCGAAAGAAAAUCUAUGUUGAACCUAUGAAACAAAUUUAAGAUGGAUCGGUCGAGUAGUUUUUGAGUUAAAAUGUCCACAGCCUUUCAAAAAAGCAGUUUUGAGAAAAACGCGUUAGUUUGUCCUUCUGCCAAUUUGUCUUUUUUUUGUCUGUAAAAUCGUAAAGUGAUGCACAUCGGAAUAUAUUUUUGAAUUGCGGAAUAAUUUUCAAAAGAGAAGGGAACAGCUGCUGUACGUUUCUAAGUACGCUCAAGCAUCUCCGCUAAUUUUGCUUCGAUUAAUCUGACAUUUUCAGAGAAUAUUCAUAUUUUCUUGUAGAACCUACGCGACGAAACCUCACCAUAGUUGACAUUUGCUGUAUUUCGUUUAGUUUAGCUUUAUUUUUCAUUUUCAUCCAGCAGUCCUUGUUGCUCAAUUGUUUUUUUUUUAUAAACAAUACAAUGUAUGUUUAGUAUUUUUCAUUAUUAGUUAUAAUGACGACGAAAAUUACUAUUUUGGUAUAGAAAUCAGUGGUAAACAAGACAAUUUUGUUGAUAAAGGGCGUUGAUAAUAUUAUUAUUUAUUGUUAUUUCUUUAUUACUGGCUCAAAACAACGAAGAUUUUUUGUACACUACGCGUCAGAGAAACCGGGCGCCCCAAAAAAUGGGCUAUUUUUGAUGUCUCGUGUCUCCUAAACCUAUUGUACGAUUUAAGUAUUUUUUUUAAUAUGUUAAGCCUUAUUCUUUAACAAUAGCGUUGUAAUAAUAUUGUACCUAAACAAGUAAAUUUUCAUUAUAUAGGGUGAGGCAGAUAACUGGCCUAUUAGAAAUAUCUCGAGAACUAAAGGCAACAGACUCAUGAAAAUUGGAAUAAAGGGGUUUUGAAGGAUGCUCUAUUAAAUGAAAAUAUUUUGAUCUCUUUGCAACUUCCGGUUAUACCGGAAGUUGCUUAUAACUUCGUUUUUUUAAAUGGGACACCCUGUAUAUUUUUACAUUUUUGGAUUCUCUUCGAUGUCUUCUUUCUUAAAAUAUGGAGGUUUUGUAAUAUUAUACAGGGUAUUUUAAAAGAUAAUUACGUUUUUUAUUAAUUUCGUAGCAACAUUCACACCCUGUAGAAUUGUAGUAGUUUGACAUCCAAAACUCUACUUACGUUCAAAUGAUUUUUAAUAUACUCUACUAUUGUUAAGAAUCAUUAGUAUAGCUAAAUUUUUAAUUUUAGUAUACAGGGUUGGUCGAAACUCGGAAUGAGUAUUUUCUGAGUUUUCUUAAAUGGAACACCCUGUAUUUUUGUAUUGCAGUGAAAUGAUAUUUUAUAGUACUUUUUUAUUUCUUAAGCAUUCCCUAUACCUAACUGCUUUAAUUUGUGAGUUAUUGGUGAUUCAAGCUAAACAUUAAUUGCAACAAAAAAUAAGUAAACUUUUAUUAGGUUGGCCGUGAAAAUACUCAAUCCCAAAUAAUUUUUCAGAAAUAAACAAAUAUUAAUCCAGACUGGUCCUUAAAAUUACCAAUAAUGGUUUGGCUAUCAAAAUACCUACGUAGUUAAGAUUGUUGGUGCGAUUAACAAUUAAGCACAAAUUAAAACAGUUAGGUAUAGGGAAUGCUUAAGAAAUAAAAAAGUACCAUAAAAUGUCAUUUCAUUACAAUACUAAAAUACAGGGUGUUCCGUUUAAGGAAACUCAGAAAAUACUCAUUCCGAGUUUCGACCAACCCUGUAUACUAAAAUUAAAAAUUUAGCAAUACUAAUGAUUCUUAACAAUAGUAGAGUAUAUUAAAAAUCACUUAAACGUAAGUAGAGUUUUAUAUGUCAAGCUACUACAAUUUUACAGGGUGUUAAUUUUGAUACGAAAUUAAUAAAAAAACGUAAUUAUCUUUUAAAAUACCCUGUAUAAUAUUACAAAACCGCAUAUUUUAGGAAAGGAGACAUCGAAGAGAAUCCAAAAAUGUAAAAAUAUACAGGGUGUCCCAUUAAAAAAACGAAGUUAUAUACGAAGGUAUAACCGGAAGUUGCAAAGAGAUGAAAAUAUUUUAAUUAAAUAGAAAAUAGAUCAUCCUUCAAAACCCCUUUAUUCCAAUUUUCAUGAUUCUGUUGCCUUUAGUUCUCGAGAUAUUUCUAAUAGGCCCUUUAUUUGCCUCACCCUGUAUACUGAGUGUACGAAUCAAACUUUGUUUUUUUCUCAAAGUUCGUAACACCCUGUGGAAUAUUCUAGCAUUUAUAAAAUACUGAAAUUAAAACCCAACUAUAGCCUCAUGGUUUCUUAACAUUCUGUUUUUUGAUUCAUUCUCUUGGAUAAUAAAAAAGUUAAGAUACUUUAACAACUAGCCUUGUUUUUUAUCAAUAGUAUUUUAAAAUGAGUAUGGCAAACUUUAAGGGGUAAUUUUGCAUGAAAAAAUAAUGACAGUUUGCUUUAAAAACGUAUGUCAGCAAAUGCUUCGUUUCCGAGAUAGGGGGUGUUGAAAUUUUUCUUACAAACUGACGAUUUAAGACUGACGAUUUAACUGCUCUAAAACUGGUUAAGAUAUGCAAAUGAAUUUUGGUGAGUUUUAAGAGGUAGUUAUUGUGCAAUUUUUGAUAUACAAUUAAGAAUUUUAUGUUCACCAUUUGCGCGCAUAAGGGUCAUAUUAGCUGUAUGCGCGCCAAUGAUGAAUAUUAAAUUCCUAAUUGUAUAUCAAAAAAAGAAUGUGUGUGUACUUUGUACGCACGUAAGAAGUUAUACUUCUAUUAUAUGAUUUCAACGAAAUUAAUAUACUUUAAACAGUUUAUUUAUAUUUUAUUUAAAUAUUAAACUAAUUUUACUACUUACUGCUUUUCAAAAAUUUUUAUUAAAACAGUACCAAAAAUUAAAAAAAUAAAAGAAUAAAACACACACAAACACAUUGAAAAAUGCCACAAAUGAUUCUGAACAAUAAUUAUCGGAAAAAUUUUUAACUAAAUACGUAUUUUCUAAAAAACAAUUAUAUAAUAAAUAUACUUACAAUCAUAAAAUGUAUAAAAAAAAAACAAAAAAAUAAAAGUUUGUAUUGGGGUUCGAACCCGCUUAUGUUUGCGCUGUUAGUAUUGGAAUUCAUUCAUCUUACACUUCUACCCACGGAGACACCUGCAUCAUGUGAGAAGAUCGACGAACUAAACGGUUUAAACUUUUCACAGUUCUGAAUUUAACCAAAUUAUUUUGAUUUUUGCAGAAUAUUUAAAUAUUAAAAUACAACAAAACAUAGAGUAAGAAAACAAUAUAUUAGGUGAAUAUUGACAGAAAUUUUGAUGGUAAUCAAAUUAUGUAAAUGAGAGCAUUACAUGCUAUUUUGAUAGUUUCAUUUUAAAUUUUCCAAAUAGGUAGGUACCUAUGUAAUUUUAUUAGGAUACUGUAACAUUUACAAUUAUUACGUACCUGUCGCUUUUAAAAAUUAUUUAAAAAGUCACUACAAUUAUAAACUUGCUUUUUUCUCUGCCAUCACAACAAUAAAAACUAAUAUACACAACAUUUGUUGAUCCAUAAUCUUCAACAAUUAUUGACAGAUGAUUUUAACACCCAAUACGAUCCCGUAUUCGCGAACUCAAGCGAGGGUGCUGCCGCUUAUAUGGAACUAGAGGAAUUGGGAUGAAAAUGUAAACAAACCAUCCGUAUCCGUUAACCUUUAUAUCAACGUCGAUUGAAUGCUUGUCGGGUGUGUUCAUUUAAUGAGUGAUUUAUUUUUUUUAAUUAGUUAAAUCAAUAACAAUAUUAAUUACAUCAAAAUACGUUAUCCCAAUUACAUCGGCCAUUUUCAUGCAUCUACACUGCCACCUAUAGUCGAUUGAGUUCGUCAGUUUGUAAGAAAAAUUUUAAGACCCUCUAUCUCGGAAACGAAUCAUUUGCGGACAUACGUUUAUAAAGCAAACUGUCAUUAUUUUUUCAUGCAGAAUUGCCCUUUAAAGUUUACCUUACUGUAUUGACGAAAAACAAGGCUAGUUGUUUUAACUUUCUUAUUAUCCAACAUAAGCGAAUGAAUAAAACAACAGAAUGUUAAGAAAACAUGAGGCUAUAGUUGGGUUUUAAUUUCAGUAUUUUGUAAAUGCUAGAAUAUUCCACGGAGUCACGCGAACUUUGAGAAAAAAUCACAGUUUGAUUGGUACACCCGGUAUACAAUAACAAUUUAUCUGUCUAACAACAACAUUAUUACAGCGAUAUUGUUAAAGGAUAAGGCUAUAACAUGUUAUAAAAAUCACUUAAAUCGGACAACAGGUUUAGGAAAUUCGAGACAUCAAAAAUGACCUAUUUUUAAGGUGGUGCGUUAACUUCUUGGAGAAGUGUAGUUACAAAAUCGAACAAAAACCAAUUUUUAUUUGCUCAGUACCUAUAUAAGUACUACAGGUUGUGGAUCAAUAAACUAUCAGUGACUAAGAUAAUAUUUUUUAGUUUUUUAACAAAAUUGUCUAUCGCUACAUUCGAAUAAACGGUGCAGAAGAGGAAAAUUGCGAACUAUACUUAAAUCACAAUAAAGAUGCACUAGAAAUAAACAAACCAAGACACGUUAAAUGUUACAAGGAGCACUCCCAAAUCAUGAUUUACAAUGUAUAUAUACAUUGUAAAUCCCGAAUCAUGAUUUACAAAGUUUAUACAUUGUGAAUCAUGAUUCGGGAGUUCUCCUCGUAACCUCCUCCUUUAACGUGUCUUGAUUUGUUUAUUUCUAGUGCAUUUUUAUUGUGAUUUUGGUAUAUUAUAGUUGUCUGGUUUUGUAUUUAACUACAUUUCUUAGACACUGAUAGAUAUACACUGUUGAUCAGAUUAUGUUCAUGUACAAUUGAAUACAGGGUUAAUAAACAACAUUAUUUUGUA